CCCCCCCCCGGUCUCCGCGCCAAAACAAACAACAAACAAAACAAUCUAGAUGAUAUUUUUCUGCGCAACUUCGUGGAUCUGGUUCGCCGAGGACCCCUUGAAGAGCGGACAUGGCCGUGCGGAACGUGGUCUUCUCCGACGUGGAAACUUUUCUGGACGCGCACCCCGAGUUGCUGGAGGACUACCUGAACCGAAAGGGGAAGCCGAGCGCGGUGGAGAAAUGGCUCAAGAGCCAGCAGGCCGCCGGCAAGGCUCCGGCGAGUGGCCCCGCGGAGGCGGAGAAGACGACGGCGGCGCCGGUGGUGCCGGCGGCGGCAGCGCCGCGCAGGGACAGCUGGGCGAGCAGGAGCGGCGGCGGCGGAGGCGGCGAGGGGCUGCAGCGGCGAGCCUCGCAGAAGGAGCUCCGCAAAACUUUCGCCAGGUCGAAGGCCGUCAACGCCAACCGGACGUACGACGAGCACGUCAACUCCCGGGCUCAGGAGCCGCUGACCAGCAUGAGGAGGCGAGCCCUGCUGAGGAAAGCCAGCUCUCUGCCCCCGACCACGGCCCACAUACUGAGCGCCCUGCUGGAGUCCCGCGUGAACAUCCCCCAGUACCCGUCCACCGCCGUCGACUUCAAAUACUACCUCAAGGAGCACAACGAGAGGGAGUUCUUCCUGGAGCUGGUGAAGGACAUCUCCAACGACUUGGACCUAACCAGCCUGAGUUACAAGAUCCUCGUCUUCGUCUGCAUAAUGGUGGACGCGGACCGCUGCUCCUUGUUCCUGGUGGAGGGCACCGCCAACAAGAAGACGCUGGUGUCGAAGUUCUUCGACGUCCACGCGGGCAUCACGGUGCUGCCCUCCAUGAGCAGCUCGGACGAAGUUCAGGUUCCGUGGGGGAAGGGGAUCAUUGGAUACGUCGCCGAGCACGGGGAGACGGUGAACAUUCCUGAUGCCUAUCAGGAUCGACGUUUCAGUGAUGAAAUUGACAAGCUGACAGGCUACAAGACCAAGUCACUCUUGUGCAUGCCCAUUCGCAACAGCGACGGAGAGAUUAUUGGAGUUGCCCAGGCCAUCAACAAAGUUUCGAGCGGAGCACUCUUCACUGAGGACGAUGAGAAGGUGCUGCAGAUGUAUCUCCCCUUCUGCGGUAUCGCCAUCUCCAACGCCCAACUCUUCGCAGCUUCAAGGAAGGAGUACGACAGGAGCCGGGCCCUCCUGGAGGUGGUGAAUGAUCUGUUUGAGGAGCAAACAGACCUGGAGAAGAUUGUCAGGAAGAUCAUGCACCGCGCCCAGACACUGCUGAAGUGCGAGCGCUGCUCCGUCCAACUGCUGGAGGACAUCGAGUCACCGGUGGUGAAGUUCACCAAGUCAUUUGAGCUACUGUCCCCCAAGUGCAGCGCAGACACUGAAAGCAGUUUCAAAGACAGCAUGGAGAAAUCCUCGUACUCCGACUGGCUCAUCAACAACAGCAUUGCAGAGCUGGUAGCGUCAACAGGUCUGCCUGUGAACAUCAGUGAUGCCUACCAGGAUCCUCGGUUUGAUGCCGAGGCAGACCAGUUCUCAGGCUUCCACAUCCGCUCCGUGCUUUGUGUGCCGAUAUGGAACAGUAACCACCAAAUCAUAGGUGUCGCUCAAGUGCUGAACAGGCUUGAUGGAAAACCAUUUGAUGAUGCGGACCAGCGUCUUUUUGAGGCGUUUGUCAUCUUCUGUGGCCUGGGCAUCAACAACACCAUCAUGUACGACCAGGUGAAGAAGUCUUGGGCCAAACAGUCUGUGGCUCUGGAUGUUCUGUCUUACCACGCCACUUGCUCGAAGACUGAAGUGGACAAAUUCAAGGCUGCUAACAUCCCGCUUGUUUGCGAGCUGGGCAUCGACAAACUCUCCUUUGAUGAUUUCUCUCUGGAUGUGGACGCCAUGAUAACGGCUGCUCUGAGGAUGUUCAUGGAGCUGGGGAUGGUGCAGAAAUUCAAGAUUGACUAUGAGACUCUGUGCAGGUGGCUGCUGACGGUCCGAAAGAACUACCGGAUGGUACUUUACCACAAUUGGAGACACGCCUUCAACGUCUGCCAGUGCAUGUUUGCCAUUCUUACGACGGCGGGCUUCCAGGAGACGCUGACGGAGCUGGAGAUCCUGGCGCUCAUUGUGGGCUGUGUGUGUCAUGACCUGGACCACCGCGGAACCAACAAUGCGUUCCAGGCAAAGACGGGAUCGGCCCUUUCUCUACUUUACGGCACCUCAGCCACCUUGGAGCACCACCACUUCAACCACGCCGUUAUGAUUCUGCAGAGCGAGGGUCACAAUAUCUUCUCCAACCUCUCCUCCAGAGAAUAUGGUGACCUCAUGCAGCUGUUGAAACAGUCCAUUCUGGCCACAGACCUCACGCUUUACUUUGAGAACAGGAACACCUUCUUUGAACUGGUCAGCAAAGGAGAAUACAACUGGAACGUGAAGGCUCAUAGAGACAUGUGCAGGUCCAUGUUGAUGACGGCCUGUGAUCUGGGCGCUGUCACAAAACCUUGGGAAAUAUCACGCAAGGUGGCAGAGUUGGUGACCAACGAGUUCUUUGAGCAGGGGGACAGGGAGAGAUCUGAGCUGAAGCUAACCCCCUCGGCUAUCUUUGAUCGAAACCGGAAGGACGAGUUGCCGGGGCUUCAGCUGGAGUGGAUCGAUGGGAUCUGUGCGCCCCUUUACGAGACUCUGGUCAAGUUGAACCCAAAACUCCAGCCGAUGCUCGACAUGAUCCAGGCUAACAGGGCCAAAUGGGAGGAGCUGAACAAGGAAAGACAGCGGAGCCAGAGUGCAUCCCAGCCCCCGAGCCACUGUAGUGGCGAGGGCGCAGAAACCAAUGGCUGCACCCUGGUCAGCGCGCCCUGCCGUAGUGACAAUGCUGAAGGUGACCCGUCUAAACCUGCUAGCUAGCUAGCUUCUGCUUCCGUCUCCAGGCAGAUGUUUUAGCUUCUCUCCUCUUAAAUGCGGGCCUGCAGAAACCAGCAGUGCAGUGCAUGCAGGGG